AUGACAGAAUUAAGAAAACUUAAGUAUUCGCGUGGAGCAUUGAAAGCCACGUUAACGCUGGCGAUUACAUUCUUUGAGUCAGAAAAUGCUCAGCAUGCCUUUCUGUCACAACUGCGCAAACGCAAAAAUAAAAUCGUGCAAACAUGGGAUCAAUUCAACGAUAUUCAAAGUUUAAUCGAAUUAAUCGAAGAAGUUGACGACGCUGCAGUACGAAUAGAAUUUGAAGAAUCAUACUUUGGCAUUAUCUCAAGAUUUGACCAAUUAAUAAUCGAUCAUGAAGCCGCUGUUGCACAAGAGACAGGGGCGGCUCAACCACAAGUAGCAGAUCAACGUGAUCAAGAAUAUCAUUGUCGUUUGCCAAAAAUUAAUCCUCCGAAAUUUGCAGGUGGAUAUGACGAAUGGUAUCCGUUCCGUGACACGUUCUUGUUUAUGGUACACAACGUCCGAGCUAUCCCGGACAUCCAGAAGUUUCUGUACUUACGAGGAGCGCUAGUAGGCAAAGCUGCGGAAAUUAUAGAGUCUCUCGAGGUAUCUGCGGCCAAUUAUCAUGAAGCCUGGCAAAUGCUCACAGUGCGUUACGACAAGAAACGAUUGAUAAUCCAAAAGCACAUCCAAGCUAUUUUCGGGUUACCUGUUCUUACAAGAGAAAAUCACACAGCAUUACGAGAGCUCUGCGAUAGCAUUUUGAAACACGUGCGGGCGUUAAAGACAAUAGGACGUCCGACCGACCAAUGGGGAGACCUUCUUAUUCAUUUGAUCACGAGUAAAUUGGACACGGUCACUAAUAAGGCAUGGGAAGACAGUCUCGUCGAAGUGGAGUCCGACUUUGCAAGCAUUAAUGGCAUUUCUAGAUCGACGUUAGCGGGACAUCGAGCCAAAGAUUGUACUUCUGGAGGAUGCAAGAAGUGCAGCAAGAAACACAACACAUUAUUACAUAUCGAAGCGUCAGUUAAUUUACAAGAGACGUCGCAAGGGGAUUCGAAAUCGCCCACAACAACUACAGCAGACGACAAGAAAUUAACUCUUACAUCAUCCCUUUCUUUGAGCAAUUCUGAUUGCAACGACUUCAAAAAACACGCCUGGCUAUCCACAGCCAUCAUUAAGAUAUUGAAUCGUGACAAUAAGAAGGUGACAUGUAGAGCCUUACUAGACGCCGGCUCUCAAUCGAACUUCAUAACGAAGUCCUUAACGCAACGAUUAGGACUCAAGCUUCAAAACGUAAAUGUUCCAGUCGUAGGUGUCAAUCAAGUAACCAGUCAUGUUCGAGACAUGGCCAAGAUUCCCUCAUCUCAAGCUGAGGAUUGCAACAUUAACAUUCCGGCAAAUCUGCGCCUUGCCGAUCCGAAUUUCUACAUCCCAGGAGAAAUCGAUUUACUUUUGGGAGCUGAUGUUUUUUGGAACAUUUUAUGCGUCGGACAAAUUAAAGCUACAUCAUUGCAUCCUGUUUUACAAAAAACUUUAUUCGGAUGGAUCCUAGGUGGAACAAUUGCAACAAAGGCACAUGCAAGUACCAACAGUGGCGGCGCAACAAUGUGCAACUUGAAUAAGAAUCAGGAACUUGACCGAAGUCUUUCCAAAUUCUGGGAAGGCGAACAAUGCAGCGAGCGUCCUAAUCUCACACAUGAGGAGAAACUUUGUGAAGAACACUUUGCCAAAACGAUUCGCCGGAGUAAGAAUGGCCAAUUCAUCGUGCGACUGCCCUUCAGGGAGAACAUGAUCGAACAGCUUGGAAAAUCUAAAGCAACAGCGCAAAAGCGAUUUUACGCAGAACGAAGACUACAAAAGGACUCCAAUUUGAAGAUGAAAUACACACAGUUUCUCAAGAAAUACAUAGAACUCGGGCACAUGGAAAGGGUCGAAGAUUCUAUGGUAACAGAGCCCGGGUAUUAUCUGCCCCAUCAUCCUGUGCUUAAAGAUGCGAGCCAGACUACAAAAUGCAGAGUUGUCUUCGAUGCUUCUUGUAAGACAUCUACAGGUGUCUCUUUAAAUGAUGCACUUAUGGUUGGUCCGGUGCUGCAACCGGAAUUGUUGGACAUCAUAUUAAGAUUUCGCACUUGGCAAUUCGUCGUGACCGCCGACGUGGAAAAAAUGUACAGACAAGUACUGGUCGAAGAAGCACAAAGAAGCUACGCAUUUUAUGGAGAGAGGAUCCCUUGGAAGAUCUUGCCGUUUAUCAACUAA